ACAAUCAUUUGGAAUUGCAGGUGGUAGACUUAAAUUACAGAUUUGCCGUAUCUUGAAUGUCUUUUUUUUAUUAUUAAUUUGAAUAGUGGUACAGUUCAGAAGUCCAACCAUUGAAUGUUAUGAAAUGUUAUGAAUUUUAUAGCAAUUUUGUCAAGAGUUUAAAGAUACCCUCCCUGACCUAGAAUCGCACAAACAAUGUAUAUCAUUUGACAUCCAGACAAUAAUGUCCGUAGGUAACAGUUAAUAGCGACCCAACCAAUAACCAGUAUGGUCAGAUUAAGUUAAGGGAAAACUUAUUAAAAUAGUGAUAAUCCAAAUACAGAGGAAGUACUUCAGCUGCUGGUCGAGCACAAAUGUAUGUAAAUAAAUCCAUGUGAUGGAGGAAAACAUUGUUGUGACAUGGUGAGUUUGAUCUCAUAAAAGCAAAACAUGUUGUGAUCGGUGAUCAGUUAACUAUGAUGAUAAAUAAUAAUCAACUCCUGAUAUUGUAUACUUUAAAUCGAUCCAACACAGUUUUUCGUUGAGAUUUAGCACACAAAGGGCAACCAACGGGAAAUUCAUGAAACCACAGGAAUUUUUAGUGCAUUAGAAGCAAUUUAUGAACCGAAACAUACGAGUUUACGCAAUAUGUGAAUUUUAUCAACGCUUACUAAGGACGAUUAUUGGUGUUCAAAGCUUUACAGGCUCUAACUUGGAUUUCCAAGCCAUUUUGUUUGCAGGCACGAGACGCGUUUUUCGCUUGCCCAUGUAGCUCCGAAUUCUAAAGAUAUAUUUGUAAAUAAUGUAGGGUUACGCAUGUCUUUGCUGUUAAACAACGCAUGGGAAACAUUUGCUUGAAUUCAUCGGCAUGUUAAAAUCCUCCGGAUUUCAGAGCUUGAAUUUUAUGAGAAAUUUCGUGACAUGAUAGAUUGAACACACCUGACGAAAAUGCCCCCUUUGCGGCGGGCCGUGCUUUUCUAACAGUAGGUUCAUCUAUGUUGUUUAUUUAUUGAAAUAAGAUGUAUCCGAGCGUCUGUGCAUCUUUCCCCACUACACCGACCCAUAUUGUGACAUAUACAAUAUGGCGCUGUCCAAAGUAACGGAUAUGAUAGCAGACCUUUCCAUAGGUGUGAAGGUUGUUGGCGGGGCGGUGCUCGCAGGGGCAGUAUUUUCAACUGUUUGGAAAAGAUUCAAGGCCUUUCAAACCAGCAGGAAGGUAUACCCCCGAGACACCAUUGUUAUCAAUCAGAUUGGCCGUGGUCCAUACGUGCCCAGUCUAACGCCUUUUGCCAUUAAGUUAGAGACGUAUUUCCGGAUGGAGGGUAUUCCCUACCAGGUCAAACACAAGUUGGGCAGAAAAAGCAAGAAAACAGGAAAAGUUCCUUUUGUCGAGUACAAUGGAGAAGAGAUCCCAGAUAGCGAGUUUAUACUCGAGUUCCUCAGUAAAGAGAAAAACUUCGACCUGAACGAGGGACUCACAGUCGAACAAAUCGGAAUCGGCAGGGCCUUCCAGAAAAUGGCCGAGGAAAAUACGUACUGGUGUUUUAUGAUGGAUCGAGGGAUUCUUGAUGAAACCAAUGCAGUCUGGAAAAUGUUCAACCUCUCUCGACUUUUCGUCUUUUUAGGGAAAUAUGACUUAAAGAGAACGCUAUGGGAUCACGGUAUAGGACGUUAUUCAUCAGAGCAAAUACGUCACAUCAUGUCAGAGGAUCUCAAAUCACUGUCCUACUACCUUGGCUCAAAGAAAUUUCUGUUCGGUAAUAAGGCGAGCAAGUUUGACUGCGCUAUCUUUGGAAUACUGGCAGAGAUUAGAUGGGCAUCAUUUGGAGGAUUUGGACCUUCCGUGAUGAAAGAAUAUCCUAACCUUUUUGACUACUGUGAGCGGAUGAAGGACACGUUCUGGCCAGACUGGGAGGACAUUAUACGGAGGGAUUGCUCCUGAAAGUUCAAAUAGCUCUAUUUGCUACCUAAUUGGACAAAAGCCCUCUUUUGAUACUGUAAUUUGACACAUUAGAUUAAGAUAAUGAAUUUUCCGUAAUGAAGUGAGAUAACAUGCGAAUAAAAUGUUAUUUAAAUCUGUAUCUAAUAUCACAGAAAGCAACCUGAUCGCAUCAAAUACUAAACAUAUGUUAAUCAACCUCUUAUAUUUGUUGACGGUUUGCAUUCCUUAACCAUGCAUUGUAAAACGAAUGAUGUUGGUGCCAAAUUCCAGCGAUGGGUCGAAAAGUAACAAGAAUGACGUACAAUGCAAAUCUAAGGUGUUUUUAUGGCUUGUGUGCGGGUAAAAAUGAGAAACAUUAUACAUACAUAUGUUCACUUACCAUGUUGUACAUGUACAGUACGUAUUAAACUCUCCAUACCCAUCA